AUGGAUAAGCACAGCGUGAAGACCCCCCUGUGGAAGAAGGAGCUGGAGGAGCCCCAAGCCAGCAAGGCGGAGGGAAAAGAGGAGGAGGAGAGGUCAGAGGGGGAAGACGAGGAGAGGCAGCUGUCUGAGAGCCCGGCCGAGGGCAAGGAGGAGUUCCCGGUGGUAGCGGAGGGCGAGGACCGCGACCGGGGCUCAGUGUCCUACUGCCCGCUGCGCCAGGAGUCCAGUACCCAGCAGGUGGCCCUGCUGCGGCGCGCGGACAGCGGCCUCUGGGCCUGGUUCAGCCCCUUCGCGUUGCUCAGCGGAUUGGCGGCUCCCGCUGCCGACAGAAAGCGAAGCCUCCCAGAGGAGCCGUGCGUGUUGGAAAAGCCGCGGCAGCGGCCGCGUGGCGGAGGCUGUGCUCGCUGCGAGAUUCUUUUCUGCAAGAGAUGUAGAAACCUGCAUAGCCACCCGGCCUACGUGGCGCACUGCAUUCUGGAACACCGGGACCUGGCCGAAGGCAGGGCUUCAGGAGCGGCGGGGGCCGCUUGGGGCUCCUGA